GUGUGACUUUGGGCAUUUUUAACUUGCUUCGAGUUAUGGAUUAUUAAAAAAAAUCCUGUAUUUGUUCGAAAUCUGCGUGUACUUCAAUGUGUUGGAUUAUAAAUAAACAGCCUUUUUAUGUUGGAUGUCUUGUCACAUGGAUCAAGUAAAACCUGUUGAAAUAUAAUUGUAAUCGGAAUAUUGAUAUUUGUAACAACGGUCAGUUCAGAUGUUUACUAGUGAUAAAGUCAGUGGUCAGUUCAGAUGUUUAAGUAGUGGACAUAUCAAUCAUAUCGUAAUGGACAGUUGACAAAAAUGAUAACAACAGUAUUUAGAGCAAUUUGUUAAUUGUCACUUUCAUUGUUAUACAUGUGUUAUACAUGUGGUGACAACAGAAUGUUAAACAUUGGGAAAACAGGAGUUAUGAUGGUCGUUUGUGUUGACAAUUGACAUUAAAACUCACCAGUUUGACAUGAUACUAUAUGUGUAGAGGUUCUGGACAUCAGCUGAGAAUACCCAAUAUUGAAAACUAUAAUUGAUGAAAUCUGCGCUACAAUGUGCUGGAAUGGUGGAAAAGCCGUCUUGUUCAACUAAUCAAGAGAUUGAGAGUGACCAUCCUCUCCUGAACCCUGCAGUCAAGGCGCGGGAACUGUUCUGUUCCGAGGCCACCGACACCUACCCUGUCACUGCACUCAGGGGCAAGUGUCGCGUUGUUCACUGUAACAGUCUAGAGGCGGCGCGGACAUUCCAUCCGGCCGCGGACACAUUCUACUGUAUCCUCGGAUACAACCCGGAAACCAAGAGGCUGGCGACCACACAGGGACAGAUACGGGUCGGGUCUAUGUAUCAGGCUCGUAUGCCUGAAUGCAAGCCCAAUGUGCCCCCACAUGAGAUGCCGGAGAGGAGCAGCCUUCUGGAAGAGUUCCAGUGGCAGCCGAAAGGAGUUCUGGAUGGAGACCUCAUGAUGUUUCUACGAGCUGCAAGGAGUGUAGCGGCAUUCGCGGGAAUGUGCGAUGGUGGAAACACCGAUGGUUGUCAGGCUGCCGCGAUGGACGAUACCACGCUUAACGCCAUGCACAUGUUGCAUCGUUACGACUAUGACACCGGGAAGGCCCUGCAGGGGUUGGUUAAAGCCCCAGCCCUGAGAACCAUUGACAAGAAAUGGAACGAAGAAGACACGAAACGAUUCGUGAAAGGUCUCCGUGUCUACGGGAAGAAUUUCUUCAAGAUCAGAAAAGAAUUAUUGCCUACUAAAGAAACGGGUGAGCUAGUCGAGUAUUACUACUUCUGGAAAAAGACCCCAGCGGCAGCUUCCAACCGACCCCACCGUCGACAUCGAAAACACGGUGUGAAACGUGCCACCACUAGAUCACAGCGACCGGCCAGCAGCGAGUUCUUGGACCUGAGUUCGAGCAGCAAUUCGGACAAUGAUUCAGAGGACAGCGAUGGAUUAAGCGGCUUCCGUUGCCAGAAUUGUCUCGUUACUGUAUCUAAGGACUGGAAUAAUGUCGGGAAGCCCUGUCAACGCUGUACAAAAUGCCGAUUAUUCUUCAAGAAAUAUGGCGUGGAUCGCCCAAUCAGUGGAGAUUCUCCCUACUUCCAGCCACUACGCGAUGGGGAUAUCAAUGGCACGCAUAGUAUGUUGACGCGCCAACAUCGCAACUCUACCGAUUCCAAAGAAAAGAAAAAAGGCAGUGCCAGCGAGACAAGCGUCGAUAAUCUUGAUAGUCCGUCAAGCGACUCCAAGAAAUCCCUCGUUCCAUCGUCACCAUCUGCGCUUAGCACAUGCAGUAGUAGCAGCGAUAGGGACAAGAAAAAACGACUGUCUGAAAGUCCAGAUAAGGAAAAGAAGCGAAGACACAUCGGUUCCGACGGUGAAGACAAAUUCCCUAAAAGACAACGAUCUGGUCCAUCCGAGUCUGACUCCCUAUCUGACAGCAGCAUAUCUGGUGCCGAGGAAACUCAGAAUGAGGCAGAUGAGACAAAUGCAGACGAUUUAAGCUCCAGUUCCCCACCCACUAGUCCAAGCCCUGUCGAUUUGGAUAAAGACAAAGUGCCAAUACCUGUGGAAUCGACAAUAAGCGGAGAAAAACGUGCCGAGCUGCCUCGUCCCGAACCUGAGUACCCUUCACCAAAUCGGCCACCAAUUGAGACGAGCCCGCUGAUUCCACCACAUUUACCGCCAGGCGGUCAUAUUCCGUUGGCUUCGACACAUAUUCCACAAGGAUUUGUUCCACUACCUCCACUUCCAGCUUUUGUGUUUCCACAAACGAAAUAUCCCCCACCCCUGGAGCCGAUUUAUCAUCGACCCCCUCAGGUGAGCGAGGCUUCAACGUCGCCCAUACCGCCCCCGUCAGUGUCGGAUACCGAUUCUCGGAGCGAAAGCUCAGAAUCAAGAACUAUUGCGUCUUGUGAAACUAGGACUGAGCCAUGUGCCAGUGAUGUGGGUGUGAAUGGUAAUAAUAGUGGUGUAGAGUCAAGAGAACCUUCUGUGAUAUCCGGACCCCGUAUUAAGGAGGAAGUGAUUACUCCGCCUCCAUCGCCAAUUAAAGUCUCCAUUAAACAGGAGCCCAUCGACAGUUUAGACUUCAUGUCGAGUCUAGCUCAGAAUGUCGGUAACAGUGAAACCAAACCUGGUUUGGACAGAUUCUCAGCAAAUAAAGACAUGUGUUCUCCCCUUUUGACACCAAAACUAGAACCAAUGGUAGUGAAUUCGCAAUUUUCAGGAUCGUCGUCUAGUUAUCACCCACCGCCCUUACACAGCAGUAACCAUAGUAAUGCUGACCAGCCCAGGGCAGAUAUGACCUUGCAGGCUGAGGUCAAAGUUCAACAAGAACAGGGUGAAAGUCAGGGAAGGGAGAAAGGUCAAGUUGAAGGUGAAAGGUCAGAGGUAGAGUUUGAGGAAGAAAGUGAUUCUGACCGGGAAGGGACACUGACCCCUGGGCCGGUGCCAACCCCGUGUAACAAGGAAAUCCUCAGGAGCAAAUCAGCCAUAUUUAUCAAACUGUUAAACCGUGGUGAGUACAACUCCUGUUCGCGCUGUGAUCUCAUGUUUAAACCCUUCCCGGACUCCAAACUUGCAAAGAAACGGGAACAUGGCGACCGCAAGCCUACCCCUGCUUCAACGCCAGCUAAGGAUGAUGUUAAGAGAAAGAUGGAAUCACCUCGUCCAAGUCCACGUCCAAGUUCAACGUCAGAUGCACAGGUUGUGAGUAACGUUCCGCCCUCCCAUCAUUCCCAUGGCGACCGGGUAACGCCGAGGUCGUAUCCUGAUACUCCAGCCCUGCGACAACUCUCGGAAUACGCUAAGCCCCAUGCACUUGCUGGCCAAGAUCCGAGGGGGAUGCCUGGUUACCUUGGUUAUCCAUUUAUGGACCCGAUCCGUAUGGCGACCAUGUACCCACCAAAUUCCAGGGAAAGGUUGGUAUUGGAAUUGGAGCUUGAGAGAGAUAAACGGGAACGGGACGCACGGGAACGGGAAUUGAGGGAGCAGGAGUUACGGUCCUUGGAAAUGCGGGAAAAACUCAAGGCGGAAAUGGAGAUGAAACCUCCAGGUUAUGAGCGUUUGUCUCCGCUAGGGGAAAAUCCCAAUUGGCUGGAGUUCCAGCGUCGCAAUGGUCCCCAAAUGCAAGGUCUUGAGCGAUUGUUACCCCCCGGAGCCAACCCCCUAGACCCCCAUUGGUUGGAGUUCCAGCGUCGCUAUGGCCCCCAUAUGCUGGGUGGGGCAGGGGCCUCCCACCUUCCUGGAAUUUACCCUCCCACCAGCCUGGCAUCCGAUCUCAUGGCUCGGGAGCGAGAAAGACUGGAGAGACUUGGGCUCCACCCGAGUCACAUGCUUGGAGAUUCUGGCGCGUACGCCGCAAUGAUGGAGCGAUUAUCGGCGGAGAGAAUGUCCGCAGAACGUAUGUCGGCGGAGAGGAUUCAGGCUGAACGACUGCAGGCGAUGCAAGACCCUAUGAUGCGCUUUCAAAUGUCAGGCAUGGCGGGACCAGCAGCUGCAGCCGCUGCAGCUGCUGCCGCCCAACAACAUGCGCACACACACACGCACGCACACAGCCACACGCAUCUACACCUUCAUCAACCCGACCUCAUUCCCCCACCCCCUGUUUCAACCCCUCAUGGUUUUCUGCCACCGACGUCGUCUGCGAUGCCGCACCUAUUUCUACCGCCACAUAUGCUACAUACAUUACCACCAGGAGCGGACCCAAUGUCGGGGGUAAACGGGGCCAGCAAUCAGACGCCCCCAGGCUCCCUCCCAUCCCUCCCUGUGGGUAUGCCCCCACCCCAUAUGAUGUCACGGGAACAGGAGCUCUCAGACCUGUACAGACGCGCGUACACUGACCCCGCACUUGCUCAGCAGCUUCAUCAUGAGGCUCUUCAGCGGAUGGCACUGGAGCGUGACCGGUUUGGUUCAGGGCACCUGCCACCACCUCACUGAGCAAAGGGAGAUCACUCUAGAGGUUUUCUUGUGAAAGGGCAGCAACUCUUGGUUGACUGGUAGCACACAGUAACCUGUUGUCCUGUAGGUUGAUUCUGGUAGGACUGGUUUACUGGAAUGCCUUGGAGAAUUUGUAAAGAAUUUCUCUAUUGUUGGACUGUUUUGCUGGCGAUGGCAGACCCUUAGAAAAGAAAAGGAAAUGUGCUGAAACUUGAAAAAAGUGCUAGCUAUUGGGAAAUGUUAAAAGAAAUUAACUAUGGAAAUUAGUUAUGUACAGAAUCAGGUUUUCUGGUUUUCCAAGAGAGUAAUUGGAAUUUGAUUAGAGAAAAUUGGAAAAGGGAAAGGAUGUUUAUCAAGACAGCGGUGAAAAGAUUGUGUGUGAGGAAAAUUAUUCUGUCUUACCGAUCGGCUGAAAGUCUACCAGUGUUAAUUAAAAUCCGUGUCAUGUGUGUGUGUUAUCUAUUAAUAUUAAGCAGGUCUGUCUCUUUAAGUAUUCUUUUCUAAUGAUUUGUUUGAUUUACAACGCGACCUUGUGUUGAAGUGUUACAGAUGACUUUAAUGUCUGAACAUACAUAACUUUUUGGUGCAAUAUUUUCUACAUUUCUUUUGUAAAAUUCAUUGCUAUGUUUGAUGUAUAUGUGUAUAUAUGAUGAAAAUACAAGUGAAUGACAAUUUUGUAUCAUUGUUUGACAGAAAUCAUCAAAUUUUUGUUAUAGCGUAAAAGUGUUUUCGACUUUUGUACAGGGCAUUUUUUGUCAAGCUUUAUUUAUUGUUAAAAUAGAUGUAAAAAUGCAUUAUAUAGAUUAUGAUUCCAUUUGAAAACUACACAAAUUACAUAAUAUUCAGUUUUAAGAAAUAAACACUGAACAAUUUCAUAAGGCAGCUUAGAUUUUCAUGGGACUGUGCUAAAUAGGCAUGAUUGUGUUCGUUCAUUACUUCAGACAGUGUGCAUGUGUCAUCACUUCAGGGGAUUUUUCUUUUGAUCGGGGACAAGAGCCCUAGUCCAGUAUUUCGGGGAAAUAAAGCAUACUGUACGUAAACCUGAUAAGGGAAUUAAAUUUCCACAGGUUACUCGAUACAUCGGGGAAGACUGUUUGAUUUUAAAGAAUUUUUCACAGGUUUGAAAGGUGCCAACAACAGACCCUGUUACAUGUGUAAACAACCCUGGCCUUUGUUACCCAUAUUCGAGGCGGGCAAUCAUGUUAUUUAUUAUUAAGAUUUUAAGGUUUUAUUUUGGGCUUUGGGCUUAUAAGCAUUUCAUCAAGAAAUCAGUAAAUUUCCGGUAUUAUUGUUCAAAUCAUGAAGUGGAAUCAGGUACAACCACUACAUGUUGUUAAAGUAUGAUUCAAGUGUUUUAAAAGACUAUUAUCAAAGUCACCCCCGCUGGGGAAGACUUGUUGCAACGAUACGGGCUGACCCAAGGUGAUACCUGGCUGAUCUUCCUCUCCUAUGGUUCGUGUAAUGUUUUUGAUAGCAUUCAAUUUGUUCUUCAACUACAUCAUUUUACGUGCAAGCCAAUGGUGUG